UUAUCGUUAAAACAAACUAAAACACAACAAAAGUGGAACAUUACCUGCGCUUUCCUUUUCAUCUUUCAGACAACAUGAAGUUCACAGACUCACCGGUGAUCGAACUUCCCGUCGCCGGAACCACCCUCUCUCUCCACCAAAACAAUCUCUCCAUGCACGUCGGAACCUCCGUAUGGCCCUGCUCCCUCGUCCUGGUCAAAUUCAUCGACCGCUGGAUCCACACUCCACCCAACACCACCAACCCCUACACCCACCUCCUCAACUUCCAAUCCAAACGCGCCAUCGAACUCGGCUGCGGUUGCGGCGUCGCUGGCAUGGGUCUCUACCUUCUCGGACUCACCGACAUCAUCCUCACCGAUAUCCCUCCGGUUAUGCCCGCACUCAAGAAGAAUCUCAAAUCGAAUAAACCCGUUCUGAAGAAGAAUCUGAAAUACUCGAUUUUGUAUUGGAAUAAUAAGGAUCAGAUUAACGCGGUGAAUCCUCCGUUUGAUUUUGUUGUUGCUGCUGAUGUUGUUUAUAUCGAAGAAUCUGUGCCGGAGUUUGUGAAUGCUAUGGAAGUGUUAGUGGCGGAGGAUGGUGUUGUUUUGCUUGGGUAUCAGAUUAGGUCACCGGAGGCGCAUACGGUUUUUUGGGAAAUGUGUGGGGUUGUUUUUGAUGUUGAGAAAGUUCCUCACGAGGAUCUUCAUCCUGAGUAUGCUUAUGAGGAAGCUGAUGUUUUUUUGUUGAGGAAGAAGAAGAAACAGUGAUGAUUGGUUCUUAUGAAACUUACUCUGGAGAAAGAUUCUUGCUAACAGGUCUGGCAGAAUGGUGAUCAUGCCAGUGUUCACGUUGACCUUCAGAAUAUAUGCUUGCUGCUGUCUUGGUCUUGGGAUUUAGACUCCCUUGUUAUGUGUUUCAUGCAAAUUUUCACGGAGACCUUCUUUUCUCCCCUAUUCUAAAAGAACUGUGUUUUUGUCUUGAAAUAUGCUUUCAAACAUGAUGAAAACUGGGUUUUUUCUUCGGAAUUACACUUCCAAAGUGUAUGUAGGGGUGGGUGAAAUUGUUAGGCCCAAUAACUAAAACAAUUAAUAUAAUUGAGAGGGUUAAAUAUCUCCUGCAUCACCUAAUAUUUACAUCAUUUUAUUACUGGAUUCUAAUAUUUACAUAAUUUUAUUACUGGAUUGUGGCUGAAGGUACCCUGGUUCCUUACACAUUAAUUAAUAUUUCAGAUUAUCCUGCA